CAAGAGUCUCCGUCUUACCAUGAUGAUGGUGAUGGUCUCACCUUCCCCCUUCAGGGCCGCAGCAGCUCCAAGGCUAAGAAACCGCCUGGCGAGAAUGACUUCGACACCAUCAAACUCAUUAGCAAUGGUGCUUACGGCGCUGUUUACCUGGUGCGGCACCGGGACACGCGGCAGCGCUUCGCCAUGAAAAAGAUCAACAAGCAGAACCUGAUCCUGCGCAACCAGAUCCAGCAGGUCUUCGUGGAGCGCGACAUCCUCACCUUUGCGGAGAACCCCUUCGUGGUCAGCAUGUUCUGCUCCUUCGAGACCCGGCGCCACCUCUGCAUGGUCAUGGAGUACGUGGAAGGCGGUGACUGUGCCACGCUUUUGAAGAACAUGGGCCCGCUGCCCGUGGACAUGGCCCGCAUGUACUUUGCAGAGACGGUCCUGGCGCUGGAAUACCUGCACAACUACGGCAUUGUGCACCGAGACCUCAAGCCUGACAACCUGCUGAUCACCUCGCUGGGCCACAUCAAGCUGACCGACUUCGGCCUGUCCAAGAUCGGGCUCAUGAGCAUGGCCACCAACCUCUACGAGGGCCACAUUGAGAAGGACACCAGGGAGUUCAUGGACAAGCAGGUGUGUGGGACGCCCGAGUACAUCGCGCCUGAGGUGAUCUUCCGCCAGGGCUACGGCAAGCCGGUGGACUGGUGGGCCAUGGGCGUUGUCCUCUAUGAGUUCCUGGUGGGCUGUGUGCCUUUCUUUGGAGAUACCCCCGAGGAGCUCUUCGGCCAGGUGGUCAGUGAUGAGAUCAUGUGGCCAGAAGGGGAGGACGCCCUUCCAGCUGACGCCCAGGACCUCAUCACCAGGCUCCUUCGGCAGAGCCCCCUGGACCGUCUUGGCACUGGUGGCACCCAUGAGGUCAAGCAGCACCCCUUCUUCCGGACGUUGGACUGGGCGGGGCUUCUGCGCCACAAGGCCGAGUUCGUGCCACAGCUGGAAGCCGAGGACGACACCAGCUACUUCGACACGCGCUCAGAACGGUACCGGCACCUGGGCUCUGAGGACGAUGAAACCAUCACAGGGAGGCGCUGGGCGUGUAGAAAGCGGAUGCGGCUCCUGCCUCCGUUUCCAGUGCUGCUGUUUAUUUCUUCCCAGGUCUACAGCAGCUCGGAGUUCCUGGCCGUGCAGCCCACCCUGCCCUGCACUGAGCGGAGUUUCAGUGAGGACCGGGAGGAGGGGUGGGAACGCAGCGAAGGCGAGUGUGGCCGCCAGCUGAGCACUGAGGUCCGGCUGAGGUCCUGGACAUCCUCGGGUUCGUCCUGCUACUCAUCCUCUUCCCAGCCUGAGCGGGGACCCAGCCCGUCUCUCAUGAGCACCAUCAGCCUCGAUACGAUGCCCAAGUUCGCCUUCUCGUCGGAGGACGAGGGAGCUGGCCCAGGCCCUGUGGGCCCCAAGAGGCCUGUCUUCAUCCUGGGGGAGCCGGAUCUGCCCCCAGCAGCCACCCCAGGGGUGCCCAAGCCCUCGAGCCUCUCUGCCGACCCCACUGCCCUCGGUCAGACGCGCCUACGGAGCAACAGCACUGGUGCCCGACACUCCACGCCACGGGCCCUGGACGCCAGCCGGGGCCACCGCCUCAGGGGCCCUAAAGACCUGGCCCCUGAGAAGUCCAGGGCCGCCUCCAGCGGGGGCUGCAUGCCCAAGUCAGCCUCAGUGUCCGCCCUGUCGCUGAUCAUCACGGCCGAUGAUGGCAGCGGCGGCCCCCUUAUGAGCCCCCUAUCCCCACGCUCACUGUCCUCGAACCCGUCAUCUCGUGACUCCUCUCCCAGCCGGGACCCAUCCCCUGUGUGUGGCAGCCUGCGGCCCCCCAUUGUCAUCCACUGCUCUGGCAAGAAGUACGGCUUCAGCCUGCGGGCCAUCCGUGUCUACAUGGGCGACAGUGAUGUCUACACUGUGCACCAUGUUGUCUGGAGCGUGGAGGAGGGGAGUCCUGCCCACCAGGCGGGCCUGCGAGCCGGAGACCUCAUCACCCACGUCAAUGGGGAGUCGGUCCUGGGGCUGGUCCACAUGGACGUCGUGGAGCUGCUGCUGAAGAGCAGCAACAAGAUCACCCUUCGGACCACAGCCCUGGGGACCCGUUCCAUCAAGGUGGGUACCUGAGCACCUGGGGUUUUCACCCGCAGGCGGAAGUCGCUCUUCAAGAAGAUCUCGAAACAGUCGUCGGUGUUGCACACAAGCCGCAGCUUCUCGUCCGGCCUCCACCACUCCUUGUCGUCCAGCGAGAGCCUCCCAGGCUCACCCACCCACAGCCUUUCCCCCAGCCCCACUAUGCCCUCCCGCAGCCCCGCUUCUGAUGCCCUGGCAGACACCGCGUCUCCCAACGCAUGUGAGCGGCUGGAGGGGGAGCUGGGGCGUCGCAACCGCGGGCCAGACUCGGAGCUGGUAGUCAUGCGGCGGUUGCACCUGUCUGAGCGCCGUGACUCUUUCAAGAAGCAGGAGGCUGUGCAGGAGGUGAGCUUUGACGAGCCACUCGAGGAGGCCGCCAGGCUGCCUGCUGUGAUGCCUCAGAUCGCAGUCGAGGGCGCGGAGGCUGUUCCCGGAGCCCUGGGGCCCACUGAGAAGGACUGACCCCUCACUCUGGCCUGGAAGUGGUGCGUUUUUUGUGCAAAGUUUGUCCAGUCAGGUGACACCUGGAUGGAGACUAAGCCACCAGCCUGCGACUCCAGAAGGCGGAGGCGUCACGCUUCUUGCUGGAAGGUGGAGUCAAGCACCUGCAUGUUUUGGUGCCAUCGGUCAGGGGCUGUAGGGCAGGAGUGGGAGACGAGGGUGGCACUGUAAAUAGCAGCAAAUCCCUGUGAGUAAUUUAUUACUUUUUUUUUUUUAAGUAUAAGAGGAAGUUUGUUCAGAAAGUUAGAGGCAAAAGAAAGGUCCUUGAAAGAAAGGGGCUCAGGGAACAAGUUACAGAGGCAAAAGAAGGGCCUUUGGGAGAGAAAGGUGAAGGUAGCUUGUUUGGGGGAAGAAGAGGGAAAGGGGCAGGCGUGCUCCUCGGGGGGGGGAGAGCAAACCUCAUGUGUUGCUUUUUGUCACCGGAAGCCAGACGGGGCUGCCAGGCUGCCACCCCUGGCAUCUGGGACCCUGUUUGCAGGCCCUGCCUCUGGGGCUCUGAAGGAAGCACUUUGGA